CACGCACCAUUGUUAACGCCAUUCCAUACUGCCGCCAUUACUGAAACGUACAGCGUACAGAGUAGAGGUUGGUUUCGUAAGAUCAUCGUUUCAGCGUCGUAUUGAGAACGAAACGUUCAUUCGUUGUUUUAUCACAUAUAUCAGAGAAAAAAAUUAACUCACACACAAAUGAAAAUGGUGGAUAAAAUUGAAAUGAGUCUCGACGACAUAAUAAAGCAGAAUAAAGGUAGCAAAGGACGUGGUGGUGGCGGUGGUGGACGACGAGGACGCGGUGCCGGUGUAUCGCCACGAAGAGGUACCCGCGGUUCAUCCCGGGCCGGUGGCGGCGUCAUGAGGGGACGCAAUCGUGGUGGCAUCGCUCGUGCCUCAGCUCCUUAUACAAGGGGUGAUGUCAAUAGCGCUUGGAAACACGAUAUGUUUGACGGUGUAAAAAAAGUCGGUAGAGGGGCCAUCGGUGUGACCGGCACCACCAAGCUUCUCGUAUCUAAUCUUGACUUUGGAGUCUCGGACUCUGAUAUACAGGAAUUAUUCAGCGAAUUUGGACCAUUGAAAUCAGCAGCUGUACACUACGAUAGAUCAGGACGAUCUCUCGGCUCUGCCGAUGUUAUUUUUGAGAGACGGGCAGAUGCGAUAAAAGCCAUGAAGCAAUACAACGGUGUACCACUGGAUGGACGUGAAAUGAACAUCCAAGUCGCAACUUCAGAACUGCCAGUCCCAACAACGAUUCGAGGAGGAUCUAGACUAGCUGGAAACGCUUUCUCACAGAGAUCACAACCAGCCCGCUUUAGGGGGUCCCGAGGAUCUAACUCGGCGGUUAGAGGUCGCGGUGCAGGAAGACGCGGUGGUGGUGGCCGAGGUGCCGCUCGAACACCCGCAAAGACUCCGACCGCCGAGGAAUUGGACGCUGAACUUGAGGCUUACGUAAAGGAAGUAAAGUAACCAAACAUCAACGAUUUGCGUUGAGACUUAGACACGAAAGAGUUCUCACGCGAAAACGAAUGUGGUGAUCCCUAAUAUCCCCAGAACCAUUUAGUUUAUAAAACCGCGCAAUGAAAAAAAAAAACGUGUAAAAGUUUACCACUAAGUAAGGAUAAAAGGCGCGAGCGUAAACGCGAUUUAUUAUGGAGUAAUCUGUUCUAUUUGUUUGACGAUACUGCGUCAUAAGCUCUUAUACAUACGAAUAUGAUAAAAUCACUGAGAACAAAAAAAAAUACGAUUCCGAAGAGAUUCGUAAGAGUGAACAAUAUUUCUUCUUUUUCUUUAUGAUUAUUGAGACAAGACAAACCAGAAGAUGACACUCAAUAUAAAGGCUAUUGACUACAUUAAUAAAUAUUCAGCAUUUUUGUAUGUAAUAUUCCCCUCGCCCCUUCCACCCUGUUUAUCGUACGUAUACGAUCACUAAUUGGAAACCAACAAAAAAAAAACGAAAAAAUACAAUUAUUCGACUUUGAAAACGUGUUUGAAAACUCAUUUGCGUGCGUGCAGUUUCUGUAACAUUGAAAAAAGUAAUUUUUUCAGGAUACUGUGCAAAUUCUUAAAAAUUAUCGUUUGAAUACGUUAAAGAAUUUCUUAUAGCAUAUGAAUGGAUAAUGAGGCUGUGAUGCAAAUAGCUAUCCAUAAUGUUAUAAACUAGUCACAAAAUUGAUCGACCCGCAUAUGUGCUCGCAAAUUUACGGGUGGUUAAGAGUACAUUGUAACCGCAACGUACGUGACCAAAGUCUACGCUACAAGUAGCCCGAAGACUGGAGAAUAAAAGAUAAAAAAAAGGUUGAUUGAAUGAAAAUAAAUAAGAGAAUUCACUCCGUU